AGGCACUUGUGUUUUCUUUGUAAAAUUCUGCAUCACUUUUUUGGACAAUAAAAGGGCAAUUGAAUAUUGGAGAGAUUUGUAUUGACAGAUUAAAGGUAGACAGUUGUGAAGGUGGCAAAAGCACGGUAACGUAGGACGUAAACGUAAUAGUAAAAUUACUGCGAUUUGAAUAUUCUAUGACCAAUUUAGUUAAAUUAUAGUUACCUACAGCAGUCCUACAGUAUAGUGUGACAAGGAAUAUAAUAGUUUUACGAUUACCUAUGACUCCUUUACUGUCCUUCGCAACGACUAAUGUAGCAAAUUUAUGACAUCACCGCAAACUUGGAUGGGUAGGACAUGUAUAGUCUGCAAAUCCUCACGCAUAUCUGGCAAGAAACCAAAGUCAUUUUUCAAACCGCCAUCGUUUCCAGAAAAGAGAAAAAUAUGGGAAAAAAAUCUAAAUCGAGCACUAAAAAAUAGUAACUAUAUUUGUGAGUUUCACUUUAAAGAAGAGGACAUCGUUCGAGAAAAAGUCUUUUAUCGGAAGGAUAAUACGGUACUUACAAAGGUGCCUCUUAAAUCUACACGAUUGGUGGAUCAUGCUGUCCCAUUCUCAUCUCAACCACCGUCUUCAGGACCUUUUGAAAAAAGAUCGUCCUGUGAAAAUAAUGUAUUAGAAAAGUCAGAAUCUUUAGAAAAAAGACCAUUUACUGAAAACGUAGUUGAAGGCACCAAACCAUCAGAAAAGAGGUCACGCGAAAAUAGGUUAACAGAGAAAAAAACCCGAUAUAACCCUGCAGAAAUCUACACCACUGUUUCCAAUGCCGAAAUUCUCCUUCCAUCUGCUUGGUCAAAAGUACUUCUUGACACAGGCGACAUAGUUUUCGCUACUUUUACCAUCAACAAAUUAUCAAACGUGAUUACUAAGAAAGAAGUUCGGUUAAGUAAGGAUGGGAAAAUAACUUUCUGGUGUUAUGGAAAACAAAUUGAAAUAGACGAGAUUGUUAUGACAGCAGACGAUUUGCGUAGAACGAUUUGUAGCUUUGAUGAUAGCGUGAUAUGUAAAGGGAUUGGCGUACUUGAUUCAAAGAGCGAUUACCGUAAUUUAACCAUCGACGUAAAAGGCACCCAUCGACACAAAUCGUGUCCUAUGAUAUUACAAGAAAAUGAUCUCUAUGUUUGUGAAUUCUGUCAAGAUUUGAAUGUUUGAAGUUAUUACACAAAACGAAAAGGAUAAAUAAAGUACACAUGAAAUGAUCAGAGACGGAUGUUUUGAGAAAGAAAAAAAACAUCGUCCUUUAGACAACAGUGCAUGAAAAGAAUGAAUACUAUUUUCAAUAAAGGAUAUCAAGACCAUGAAAAACUUAAAUGGCAUGAAGCGUUGUAUACGCAAAUACAACUAUUAAUUUUAAUGGAGAAGAGACAAAUUUAUUUGAAAACUUUUCGUUUUGAGUUUAUUGCAGAAAUAUAUAAGGCAUUUUAUUAUAGGAUGCUAUUGGAUAACAAAUGUUUGAAAUAAGUCAACGCAACGUCGGGACGUGAAAACCGGUUUUUGCAUCAUUGCAAGCUUAUGGUUUUACCGGAAGUGAAAUCAGCUUUUUUAUUUGACUGGAUCACCCCCAUUUAUUUAUAUAAUUAGACAGAUAUUGAAGAAACAUUCCCACUGGUGUGGUUUGGGGGUCCAUGGUAAAUAAUAAUGA